GGCGUUAUAUAAGUAAUUCAUCCGGUGUAACUGUGACUCCAAAGAGCAGCCUGGAAACAUUGAGCGGAUAAACUCGGAAUUGUUUUAAGGAAACGUAUAUAAACCGGAUUAUCUGAGCUGUGUACCGGGGGAUCCUGAGUAGCUGCAGAUUCCGACGUUACCAUGGUGUGGCCGUAUACAGCGCUUUCCCUGACCCUUCUUUUAGGCUAUGUGACGGCUGGACUGGACAAAAGCAGAGUCCCAGUGUUCCUGGACCGAAAGGAGGCCAGUGAAGUCAUAAGCCGUCAGAAGAGAGAGAACGCAGGAAAUGAGGAGAAUACGCUCCCCCACAACCUCGAGCGGGAAUGCCUGGAGGAAGUGUGCAAUUAUGAAGAAGCAAGAGAGGUGUUUCAGGACACUUAUCGCACUGAUAUCUUCUGGUCAGUGUAUAUAGAUGGAGAUCAGUGUGCAAACCAGCCGUGCAAAAACGGAGCUAUGUGCUCAGACAGUGUGGGUGGUUAUGACUGCAUCUGCAAAUCAGGAUUUUCAGGAGUGCACUGUGAAACAGAUCAGACCGUAUGUGUCAUCGAUAAGACCAAAGGCUGUAGUCAGUUCUGUAAGCCUGGAUACCAGUCGUAUGAGUGCUCCUGCGCUUCGGGAUGGAAGCUGGAGCAGAAAGAGAAAUGUGUGCCUGCUGUGCAAUUCCCAUGUGGGAAGGUGAGCAGUUUGCGCCAGUGGGACAGCCGGCAGUCCAGCAAUAUAAACUCGGACUAUGAAGGACUGGACUGCGGCGCUGAAGAGUGUCCCUGGCAGGCCCUGCUGCGCAACAGUGCGUCGACUGGGUUUUGCAGUGGCGUCAUCAUUAAAGAGAACUUUGUACUGACCACUGCACAGUGUGUGCGCAAACAUACGGACUUCCAGGUGGCUGUGGGCAAGCGCAUGCCAGGCUUCGAGACUGGUGAACAGACCGUGUAUGUAAAGCAGGUGCACGUUCAUCCAUUUUACCUGGAAGGAAAACCAGAAAAUGACCUCGCUGUGAUCGAGCUGAAGGACAGGAUCAUCUUUAAGAAGAAGGUGGUGCCAGCCUGCCUGCCUGAGAGAGAUUUUGCAGAAAGUGUUUUGAUGUCGGACGAGUACAUGGCUGUGGUUACUGGCUGGAAAGACGCAGCCGAGUUUCAAGGAAACCUCAGGUUAAAUCACCUGUCUUACAGCAAACUGCCAGCUUGUGUGACGCGUCACUCAGGCCAGGUUACCAACAAGAUGGGAUGCACCCUGCCACGUUCUAAAGCGGAUUGCGUCUUCGGCCCAGGCAGUCCUGUCCUCACCUUGUAUCGGCAGGUCUUCUUUCUCACCGGCGUGGUGAGCCAGUCCCAAGGCAUGGACUGCAACAAUGGUUACCUCUUUCAGAAGGUGUCUCGCUUCCUUCCGUGGUUGAAAAAUGUAAUGGUCUCGGUAUAAAAGAUGCCAGAUGGAAAUGCUUCUGAAACUGUGCCAUCUAUUAUCUUACCUUCCAGUUAUUUUCCAGUGUGUGAUAUUUCCCAAGCAUGUCUCAAAAGCUCGACGUCGCUCCCAAAGGCGACAUUCCCUGCUUUAAUUCCUGCAGCAGUUUCAUACCCAUACGCACAUCUACAGUAUAUUACAGUGCUUUACAUAUACAUACUAUACUAUACACGGACAUGCCUGUUCGUACUGUUCGUAUCGGAGUUUUUUUCUUUUUUUUGGAAUAAAACGAGAGAUCAGUACUAUGAAGUAUAACAUAUGCACUGGUUAAUAUAUGUUAAAUCUAAUUUAAAUACUGAUGUAUUAUCGAAUCUAAACUACGCUGUCUCUUUACGUGAUGUAUUCAGAUCGAAGCGUUGGAUAGUAAUGAAAUGAGGAAAUAUCACAAAGCUCAAGCUUCGUGAUGUAAUAUUAAAGUAAUAUUAUAUUAAAGAGACAUAGUGUUACAUUCGGUAUUUUAUGCAUUAACGGUUUUGCAAAAUCUCUUACCAUUAUCCUUUUUAAAAAUAUAGUUUUUUCACCCAUCUUCAUUUUCAUUAACUAAGCCAGACCUGACUAAAUAGAAUGGCUACAUGUAACAAAAUAAACAAAAUGUAUAAUAUAUAUAUAUAUAUAUAUAUAUAUAUAUAUAUAUAGAGAGAGAGAGAGAGAGAGAGAGAGAGAGAGAGUGUCUGGGUCUAGGAGCAGGAUGUUAAAUUAAAUGUUUGGUUAUACAGUAUAUAAUGCCAUUUUCCACCUAACUGUAUUAAAUGUAACAUUAUUAGUAUUAGACACUUUCCUGUAGUGUAACUGGCUAAUAAACCCAACAAACCAAA